GUAAUUUUAUUCCUACGAACCAAUCGCAAACCGUCCCUUUCCCCAUUUGAUUUCUGAGGUUGCAAUGGAAAAGCCAGCGACCGACGACGCCACCAUCGCCCCCGCCCCGUCGUCCGACCCAUCGACGCCCGUCAAGGUUCUUGCUAUCUCCUCCACUGUUGCCACUACCACCCCUGCUGAUGGCGUCCCGCAACCCAAGCGCCGCGGUCGACCUCCCAAAGUUCGUGACCCCGACGAGCUCGACAAAGUUGUGAAACGACCUCGGGGCCGCCCGCGCAACCCGGACAAGCUCACUGCAUCGUGGUGCCCGGAAAGCGUGAAACUGCUCUUCUACCUCCGCUAUGACUCGGACUUGCGACAGAAAUUUGACGAAAAGGACAACCGGUCCAAGCGCACGGGGUACGAGUUGCUCGCGUCGACGCUCAGCGACAAGAUUGGCCGCAAGUUUGACAAUGCGCAAGUCCAACAAAAGUUGUCCCAACUGGGCACAGUUUGGGCGAAAUUGGACCCAAAGGACGACGAGGCCACCCGCCCGCAGCACUGGGAGGUGAUGAAUGAAUACUGGGGGCCCGGCUCCAAGUUCCCGCAGCCGCAGCUCCAGCCUCCGAUCGUGCCCCGUCAUCAAAUCAACAAACGGGAUUCCGCGGACUCGGAUUACUUGGCUCCUCCGGCGGUCACGUCGUCGACGUUGUCGACGAGUUUUCUCGAAGCGGUGGUGCCUGCGUUGUCGUCUUCGUUGGCCGCCGUGCAGCCCCACAAACUGCGCCGCAUUCUGUCCAAGCACUCCGAGUCUGAUGAGACCGUCGCCGCCACGGACGUCCAUUCUGCCGCCGCCGCCGCCGUGUCGUCGUCCGCCGCGCAAUCCGAUCAAGGCGACUCGGAAGCAACGCUCAUCUCUGGCUUUUUGGCCGUGAAAGAAGGCCUGGUGGCCAUUUCGUCUGCGAUCGCUGGCCACGGAAACGACGACAAGAUGGACGUGCUCGUCGCCGCCGUCGCCAAGCAGACGCACGCCAUCGAGCAACAGUCCAAGCAGCUCGCGGCCCUCGUCGACCUCUUGUCCACCCGCCACCAACAAGCUACGGCCAACGACGACGCAUAAUGCCAUCCCUCGUAAUUCACCACGUUUCAUGCAUAGUUAGUCCAUUCGUCUGUGUCUAUUCCAUACUACAUACUAGUAUAUCUACUAUAGUAACAUGCAAAGAACCACGAUUAACGUUAUCUAACGUUUGGACUCG